AUGAAGUUCACUGGAAUUGCUGCUCUUGCCCUCGCUGGCAGUGUUUCUGCCGCCGCUAUCCCGGUUGUGGAUACUACCGUCCAGUCCACUCUUAGCCAGCUGACCGGCGUUCUCGGAAAAGUCGACAAUGUUGUCGGUGGCCUUGUUGGCUGCGCUACCACCGACCUCACUGAUCUGAAAGACGAACUUUCCACCAUCGAAGGCAAGCUGACCCAGCUGCUCCCUUCCAACAAGCGUGACCUUACCGGCACUGUCGGUGGCGUUGCUACGCCUGUGGUCGGAAUCGCUGGUGAUGCCGCUGGCACCGUUAAGGGUGUUGCUAGCGGUGCUGUUAACACUGUUGGAAACGUUGCUGGUGGAGCCGUCAACACUGUCGAAGGAGUUGCUUCUCCUGUUGUCAAGACAGUUGGUGGUGCUGUCGACUCGGUCGCCUCCCCUGUUGUCAACGCGGCUGGUGGAGCCGUCGGCACUGUCAAGGGAGCAGCCAGCGGUGUUGUCUCUAGUGCUGUUAACCUGAAGCGCGACAUCACUGACCUUUCUGGUCUUUCUGAGACCCUUGUCGCCAAGAUCCAGAGCGGUGACCUGACCGCCGGCGCUCUUGAGAAGGUCCUGGACCUCCUCAGCCAGAACGGAGGUCUUGCCAACCUUCAGUCCGUCCUUUCCCUUGUGUAA